AUGGAUAUCACUCAACAGAUGAGGAAACUGAGACCAAGGGAGGGGAUAAAAAGUGGCCUAGGGCAGGAGCGGGAGUCUGGGCGCGCCGGGUGCCCAGCGCGGCGGGUCAGGCUGCCCCGACCCGGCACCUUGUCCAGGAACCUGCGCACCGCCUUUAUUUUCGGCGGCUUUGUCUCCCUGAUCGGUGCUGCCUUCUACCCCAUCUACUUCCGGCCCCUAAUGAUGCGGGAGGAGUACCAGAGAGAACAAGCCAUAAAUCGAGCAGGUAUCGUUCAAGAAAAUGUGCAGCCACCAGGAUUAAAAGUGUGGUCUGAUCCGUUUGGCAGGAAGUGAGAAGGCAAUCACCAGCUCUGAUUAUGAAAGUAGACAUCCUCAUGCUUUGGAUUCUGCAGCAAAUACAAUAAGUCGCCUCGCUAUGGAAUGACAGCUGGAGAAGAAAACUCUGUAAAUAAGAGUACUGCCCACAAGGAUUCCUAUUUCCCUUCCUAAGUCUCCAAAGAGCCCUGGAACAAAUCACACGAUUAGGAAGGUUUUCAUGAUUCCGUUUACUUUCUAAAAAUGCUGCUCUCUCACCCAGCUGUGUUUGGAGGAGACCUACUUGUUAUUCAGCCUUUACUACUUACCCAGCGGAGCUGUGAUAUGAAUACAGGCAGCCUGCAGACUUGGGAAGAUCCAAGUCUGUUUUGCCAUCUUUCUAAUAGGAAA